CCAUCUGUCAGUGUGCACAGUUGUGGAGAUAGAGACUCAGCUCUCUCUAGCUCCUUACUAUGUGUGUGCACAUAGGGGAGGGAAAGCUUUUCUAUGUCUGAACGUAGUGCUGAUAAGGCAUGUUUUUUUGCCAGAAGCUCACUGAUUUUGAUCUUCAGACGUCGGCUCUUCUAGAUGUGUUUGCCUCUGGUGUCUGCUUGACUCCAGUAUGAGCUCAGCUUCAAGCUGCAAAUGAGCACCCAAGAGUAAGGGAUCUACAGGACAUUGCAAGAAAUCUAAACUGGCCCUUAUCUGAGGAUCAAACAGUUGUCCACAAGCCUGAGGGGACAUUUUGGUCUUGGAAUUUUCUCCAGCAUGUUGGACAAAACCAAAACCCUCCAGCCCACUUAUGGUGGGAUUGUGCCAUUUGCAGAGAUUGUAUCAAAGCAAGGAAAGAAUGUAGGCUUGGGGCAGGAUUCUUACCACAGCUUGCGGGAAGUGUUGCAGUUGAAGCUCCAGCAGCGACGGACACGUGAGGAGCUGGUUAGCCAAGGGAUCAUGCCUCCUCUGAAAAGUCCAGCUGCAUUUCAUGAACAGAGAAGGAGUUUGGAACGGGCCAGGACAGAGGACUACUUAAAGAGGAAGAUCCGAUCCCGUCCAGAGAGAUCAGAGUUGGUGAGGAUGCACAUUUUGGAAGAGACCUCUGCUGAACCUUCCCUUCAGGCCAAGCAGCUGAAGUUGAAGCGGGCCAGACUUGCUGAUGAUCUCAAUGAGAAGAUUGCUCAGCGGCCAGGUCCCAUGGAGUUGGUAGAGAAGAACAUUCUGCCAGUGGAAUCUAGCCUGAAGGAAGCCAUCAUUGUAGGUCAAGUAAACUACCCAAAGGUAGCAGAUAAUUCCUCCUUUGAUGAGGACAGCAGUGAUGCCUUGUCUCCAGAACAGCCGGCCAGCCAUGAAUCCCAGGGUUCUGUGCCAUCCCCAAUGGAGGCUCGAGUUGGCGAGUCACUUCCCACCCCCACUGUGGCAUCCCCUGCUCAGGUUGUGUGUCAGUUACGGAUCAGUACAGACUCCAGUGAGAUACCUUUUUUGUCUGAGCAGACUCCAACCCCCCUGCCACCACCACCGGUGCCUCCCAGUCUCACCAAUGGAAUUGCUACUCCUGUUGCCAAACCACUUCCAACCCUAAUAAAGCAAAGCCAGUCUAAGUCCUCAUGUGAGAAGUCCCAGCGCAGCAAAAAAUCUAAGGAACCGAAACCAAAAGUCAAGAAGCUGAAAUAUCACCAAUAUAUCCCGCCGGACCAAAAGCAGGACAAAGGAGCUCCUCCCAUGGAUUCAUCUUAUGCCAAAAUCCUUCAGCAACAGCAGCUCUUCUUGCAGCUCCAGAUCCUUAAUCAGCAACAGCAACAGCACUACAACUAUCAGACCAUCCUACCAGCUCCACCAAAGCCUCCCGGAGAGCAGCAGAGUGGCAGUAAUGCCCCGGCCAUGCGGAGCCUCUCCACUGCUGCCAGCAGCGCCUCUUCGGUCUCCUCCAGUUCCAACGGGUUGAUGCGACAAAACAGCAGUGCUCCGGUGGGCAAGCCAGGCGCCCUCCCUGCUAAUCUCGAUGACAUGAAGGUGGCAGAGCUGAAGCAAGAGUUGAAAUUGAGGGCGCUGCCUGUGUCGGGUACCAAGACAGAUCUAAUUGAGCGGCUCAAGGCCUAUCAAGAGCAGAACGGUGCAGCUGGCCGAGCAAUCAACACCCCAAAGCCCAAUACUGCAAUUCUCCCCAAGGCUGCUGAAGUGGUGGUAGCCUUCCCAGCUGCCAGGCUGAGUACUGGCCCUGCACUGGUCAGUGCAGGCAUUACUUCAGCAGAGGUUGUUGUGGCUACAGUCACUGGCAAUAGCAUGAUGAAGUUUGGUAGCACAGGCUCAACUCCUCCCGUUUCACCUACCCCCUCUGAGCGCUCACUGAUGAGUGCUGGAGACGAGAAUUCGACCAGCGGGGAUGCCUUUGGGGAGAUGGUGACAUCUCCUCUGACCCAGCUCACCCUGCAGGCCUCGCCAGUGCAAUUUUUGGUGAAGGAAGAAAGCUCCAAAGGCAGCACGUGUGGCACAAAUCCCAUGUCAAGGGCAGACUCCUGUGUCAGCAACAGCAGCAGACAAGACAUGGAGGUCCAGGAUAAAGACCAGAUGUUGCAAGAGAAAGACAAGCAGAUUGAGGAGCUGACUCGCAUGCUGAAACAGAAGCAGCAGCUGGUGGAGAUGCUGAAGCUGCAGCUGGAGAGGGAGAAGCGGUCCCAGCAGCCACUUCCAGCCACGGCUUUUGGAGAAGAGAGUGCAAUUGCAGUCCCUGAGCCGCCAGCGUUUGGCACCCAUGUUAAGAGUGAAAAGGGCUUUGUGAGUUGCCAGUCUACAGGGCAGCCCAUCUGCCAAACUGACCAAUUAAAACCCACACAGACCACUAGCCAAAUGGACACCUCAGAUGCAAGCUCAGUGCCAAAGAAAGCAGUGAUAGUGAAGCAGGAGAUGCCAACUGCUGAAACUGAGCCAUCAUGCCAGACCUCAAGUUUUUUCCUUGGCCAGCAAGGUGGAGGAUUCGGUGACCUCAUGAAGGGAGCCCCUCCGCCUACCCUCAUCACAGAUUCCACUGGCACUCACAUAGUCCUCACGGUGACCAAUCAGAAUGCCGAGAGGCAGCGCCUCUCGCCUCAGGAGAAAGUGGGGAGCAGUUCAUUGCCAUUGAGGAGAGUGUCAUCUCCACCGACGAAAGCAUCCAUCCAACAACCUGUAAGCAGCUCCCAGUCGUCUCUGCAGCCGCCACGGAGUGAGCCCGUCGAGAAGGGUCAGAAGCCAGGCCUGCAGAUGGUCACUGGGCAGUUGCCUCAGACAGUCCUGUCUUUUUCUGCACCUCCCAACUUGCAGCCCUUCUUCUUGAAUGGCUUCCACAAAGGACCCCUGAAAACAAGUGUUCCUGGCAAAACUGGCCUGUCCAGUAUGCCAAAAAAGCUGCUUUCACAACCAGGUUCUCCAGCUCCUCCGUCUCCAUCCCAGAUGGACCUUGAGCAGCAGAGCUUUUUUGGUACUCCACCACCUCUCACUCUCCCUGCCUCCUCAGUGUUGAUGAAAGAACCACCAGGUUAUGAAGAGGCAGUGAAGCAGCAGCCCAAGCCCCCCGAGGAGAACGGCUGCUCAAGUCAGCAAAUGGAUGACCUGUUCGACAUUUUAAUUGAACAUGGAGAAAUUUCAGCUCAAUUCAAGGAGCAGUCUUCCCCAGCUAGGAAAGAGACUGCUCUUGCCCCAGGAUGCCCUUCUCCAUCUAGCAGCCACCAUUCCUCAGAGCUCCCCCUGCAGGUGUCCAUGGGCCACACCAAUUCUCUAAAUUCCAGCCCAGCAGGUAGGCUGGAAGACUUCCUGGAGAGCAGCACCGGCCUUCCCUUGCUGACAGCUGGCCCCGAUGGACCUGAGCCUCUGUCCCUAAUUGACCUCUACAGUGAGAUGCUAAGCAGUUCAGCUAUCCUGGACCACCCAUCUUCCCCUAUGGACACAUCAGAAUUGCACUUUGCCCCUGAGCCUACUGGGGGACCAAGUUUGGACCUGGCAGAGGCUAACCUGGACAGCAUGGAUUGGUUGGAGCUGUCAGGAGGGCCGGUGAUGAGCCUCACCCCACUCAGUACUGCAACACCUAGCCUCUUCUCCACAGACUUCCUUGAUGGACAUGAUCUGCAGCUGCACUGGGAUUCUUGCUUAUAGCUCUCUGAGCAUGCAGACUGAAGGGAGUGGUACAGGUGGGUGUGGGAUAUGGGUGGGAGCUUAAGUGAAAGUUGCAUCUAAAGAACCCCCAUUUUAACCAGCUUUUGUGAAGCUAGAGUCAAGGGCAAACACCAGUGAUGUCUUCUGAAUCUCUUCAGAUGUCUUCAGUGAUGUCAAUCUCAGGCAAGCUACCACCUUUCUCAUGGCCAGUGAUAGGAUGAGAGAUGCUCUUUCCCCAAGUAUUCAAUGGCCACAUCAGAUUUGUAUGAAUAUUUGGAGGUUUUCAGCAUGGACUGUUGACUGUCCUCCACAGGUAAACAAUCUGGCUGAGUUUGGGGGUAUAGUUCGAGGCCAAGAAUCUAGAGCUGUUUAGAAGAAAUCACUGGAGGAGUCAGGCCUCUGUGCUGGACCUGAUUCUGCCUAGUUAGGAAACAUUUUUUUAAACAACUUAAUUUCGCGAUGUUGUAAGGGAUGCGGAUUGCUUCUGGAAAAGGAAGCAAGGGACGAGGAUGUGUACAGGACUGAGGCUGCUACUAUCCUCAGUUACUGGUACAGGCACCCUAUUCCAAAAGCUUUCCCCUAAUAAUGCCAUAGUGUAGGUGCUUUCUACUUGGCCAGAAAGCCAAGCCCGAGUUGUGUGCCAGAGCUUAGAUAAUCGCCAUCUUCCCUUGGCUUGCUGUUGAUUCCUGCAUGUAAUCCUUGUUCCUGGCUUGGCCAUACUAAAACAGGUGGCUGAAUCCUGGCUUUGGUAUCUUACCUAGCUGAAAUUCCUUUCCUGAGCACUGUUGGCCAUGAAUCAAGACAGCUGCAUCAGGGAUGAUAUUUGCAGCCUCCUAUAAUUGCUCUACUGCCUCCUCUUUUAGUAGCCCUGCCUGUAACCUAGUUGCCUAGAAUCUGAAGUUUUGAAGUGGAGUUCUGAGAAGUGUUGGCCCUUAGAUGAAUUGACAUGUAGCCAGCAUAAGCUGUUGAGCUGUGCUAUGCUGCUGUUCCUAAUGACCAUGCUGUUUGGUUUAAAGUUCAUCCACUUUUCCCACAGGUUCUUGCAUCUGAAAUGUAGCUUCCUGUUUGCUGGAGGUUGGUGUCGUGGGAAAGCCUGGUCUCUACUAUAAGUCACUGCAUGUAAGGGGUUGUGGCUGCACUUCCCUUUGGAGAGCUCAGCUGCUGACAGCUCUUUCACAAGAAGCAGUUUUAAUCAAAAAGGGCCUAGGAGAGCAUGAACACCAACAUCCUCUCAAGGCAAAAAGAUUUGGUGCUGCUUGCUGAAGAGUUGCAUGUCUCACUGCACAGAGGAAAUUCAUUGUAGCCAUAGUCUCUGCUGCUGUGUCUUGCCUCUUGAUACCUGGUUUCAUUUAUAGCUGGUAAAAUUUCUGUAUAUAGCUCUGUAAAAUGUUUUGUUUUAGAAAGCAAAUGAAGUUAACUCACCCGGUUAGGUGGUUGUACUUCCCUUUAGCUCCUCCUUUUCUGUGAUAAACUGUUGGGGAGUUGCUAUUUUAGCCUGUGGUUUGGUGUGGAAGAGGACUUGGUCCUUGGACUGCCAGUUUAGCCUUAUUGCACAUGUCACUCAAAGGAAAUCAUACUCCCAUUAGCCUCUCUCCCCCCC